CCCACCUUGCCCCUCCCCAUUCUCGCCUCACCCUCUGCAAAUCUGACAGGCACGGGACAGGAGUAGGCACCAAGACCUUUGCUGCUUUGCCUUGCAGCCUCCCUAGGCCCCUUGCGGGCCCCCCACCCUGCUAGCUCGCAGCUGGCCCCCUGUAGGUACAGAAGGAUGACAGACUGCUACCGCCCCCCAGGGAACGAGACGCUGCUGAGCUCUCCGGCCUCACGGGCCACAGGCACGGCCUUCCUGCUGCUGGCGGCGCUGCUGGGGCUGCCCGGCAAUGGUUUCGUGGUGUGGAGCUUGGCGGGCUGGCGGCCGGCGCGGGGGCGGCCGCUGGCGGCCACUCUCGUGCUGCACCUGGCGCUGGCCGACGGCGCCGUGCUGCUGCUCACGCCGCUCUUUGUGGCCUUCCUGGUGAGGCAGGCGUGGCCGCUGGGCCAGCUGGGCUGCAAGGCCGUGUACUACGUGUGCGCGCUCAGCAUGUACGCCAGCGUCCUGUUCACCAGCCUGCUCAGCCUGCAGCGCUGCCUCGCCGUCACCCGCCCUUUCCUGGCGCCCCGGCUGCGCAGCCCGGUCCUGGCCCGCCGCCUGCUGCUUGCCGUCUGGCUGGCCGCCCUGUUGCUCGCCGUCCCGGCCGCCGUCUACCGCCACCUCUGGGGGGACAGCCUGUGCCAGCUGUGCCACCCGUCGCGGGCCCACGCUGCCGUCCACCUGAGCCUGGAGACUCUGACCGCUUUCGUGCUGCCCUUCGGGCUGGUGCUCGGCUGCUACAGCGUGACGCUGGCGCGGCUGCGGGGCGCCCGCUGGGGCUCCGGACGGCAGGGCACGCGGGUGGGCCGGCUGGUGAGCGCCAUCGUGCUGGCCUUCGGCUUGCUCUGGGCCCCCUACCACAUGGUCAACAUUGUGCAGGCGAUGGCCGCGAUGGCGCCACCCGAAGGGGCCCUGGCGAAGCAGGGCGGUGCAAGCCAGGCAGCGCGAGCCGGAACCACGGCUCUGGCCUUCUUCAGCUCCAGCGUCAACCCAGUGCUCUACCUCUUCACCGCGGGGGAUCUGCUGCCCCGCGCGGGUCCCCGCUUCCUCACGCGGCUGUUUGAGGGCUCUGGGGAGGCCCGAGGAGGCGGCCGCUCCAGGGAGGGGACCAUGGAGCUCCGAACUACCCCUCGGCUCAGAGUGGUGGGGCUGGGCCUGGGCAACGGAGACCCGGGGGGCGGGGCGGCCAAGGACAGUCAGGAAUGGGGCCCUUGACACCAAAUCCUGCUCUUCCCUGUCCCCUUCCAUCACCCCUCAGAACUCAGAGAGCACUCGGGAGCGUUUGGGCAGCCUCUGACCAGUUGGAUCUGUGGGGGCAGAAUUAUGCACCUGGGGCAGGCCCAGGUUCCUCCAAACUGAGGGAUUGCCAGGGGUGAUGGUUCAUGCUAAUGAACAUUGUGCACUUGCAGGUUGGCAUGUGCCAUGUGCCAGAGCUGUUAAUUUGUUGCCAAUAAUCAUUGUGAAAGACCCUG